CACAGUUUAAUAAAAUAAAAACGUAAUUUACAAACCAGACAGCGGAGUUACCACAUAUGUGUUAUAAUAUAUUAUAAUUGUUAAAAUGAUCCUGCCACAGUUAAAAUGUUUAAUGUUCAGCAUUUUGCUUACGUGUUGUUUGUGUAUAAGUGAUAUGACUGAGAACUCUUUUGGCAAAUUUAAAGAAGGGAUCAUUGCUGCAUUUGGUGAUUUCAAUUCAGAUGAACUGACUGAUGCCUUUGUUAUCAAAAAUGGUUCUAGUGUGGAAGUUUAUCUAGCGCAUGACAAGGAACCGUUCCUAAGGCCUUCAAUAUUCUCAUGCAAUUUUAGUAAUAUUAUCGUUACAAGUGUAGUGCCUGGAGAUUACGAUGGUGACGCCUACAUGGACAUUCUUUUGACCACACAGACUGUAAAUACUAGCAAAUCGGAAGUUCAUGAAGUGCGCAUUAUAUGGGGUGGUAUGCCAAGCCUUAAUUGUUCAGAUGCUCUUUUAGUAAAAGCCAUAACAGUUGGGCAGCCCCUAGUGAUGGACUUCAAUCGUGAUAUGACACUGGAUCUUUUUGGGCUUAACACUCAAAACCAAAGAGUAUUUUGGGUAUUUGAUAAAACAAGGACCACACCAAAAGAGAUACCAAUGGGAGAUACUUUAUUCAAACCUAUAAAACUUCCUCACUCACAUUCAUUUCUUGAUGUAAAUGAUGACGAUGCUGCCGAUCUCUUAGUAACUACUAAGCUGGAUGUUGAGUUGUGGUUGAGUAAAGAAGAUGAUGGCUUCAGGUUCAACAACAGCAUUGAACUUCUGGUUGGACACCCAACAAUUUAUGGUCAAACACUUUUUCUGGAUGUAGCCCUUUCAGGAGAGUUCUUUUUAGUUAUACCUGUAUGUUAUGACCCACAGUGUAUCAAUAGUACUAUCCUGAUUUAUGAUAAUCAUCAGUGGCACGAUCUGCAAGUGGACUUGAAUGAUGGUAAAGGGACUGUGUGGCGGUUUGUGCCUCCUCGCAAUGAAUUGUACUUGGAUGUAAUAACAAUGCGAAGUGGAGAUUACAACAUGGAUGGGUACCCUGACAUUCUGAUGACUCUCAGCCCAGUGAAUAGUAAUGAAACAAGAGCUUUCCUCCUUCACAAUGUUGCUUGCACAUAUGCUGAAUGUAAAUUCCACAGAACAUUUCAAGUCCAAUGGGAUAUUUUCAAUACAUUUGGAAGUGAUAUUGUCAUGGCUACAUUUUAUGACUUUUAUAUGGAUGGUGUACUAGAUAUAAUUUACUCAAAGAAAAAUGUUACAACUCAAAAGUACACAAUGCAUGCAUACAGAAAUGAAUUGGAAUAUGAUACAAAUUUCAUAAAAGUAAUUGUUGUCACUGGAUUGACUAAUAAAAAAGUGCCUGUUAUAAAUGGAACUCUGUAUAAUAGGAAAUUAACAUUUGGAACUAACUUGCCAGGCCCCAAGAUAAGCUACAACACAUGGUCACAAGAAGGAACCUACAGGAAGGGAGCUUGUGCUCAGUUGUCUCAGUCUGCAUACUAUGCGCUGCAGCUUCCAUAUUCUAUAUUUGGCCUCGACAGAACCCCUAACUUUGUAGACACUUUAAAUGUAGGUCUAUCAGGAUUUUCCAAAAGUUGGACUCAGAUAAUACCUAAUUCUCAAAUAGUGGUGAUUCCUGCUCCUCCAAAUGAUCCUUCACAAUGGAGAGCUCAGUUGUUUGUGACACCAAGUAAGCUAAUUUUAAAGAGUGUGUGUGUACUGACUGCCAUAAUUGUAACUAUUAUAGGUUGUGUAUUAUACUUACAUUGGAAAGAAAGAAAUGAUCGUGAUGAUAUCAUAGAAAUUGAUGAUAACACCUAUGUAAAGAUUUAAGACAAGGAAUAUCCAUAGAUAAUUAAAAUAGCUAUGUAUUUUAAAUAUACAUAAGUUAAUUAUCUUUUAUGUAAAUACUUAUAGGUACCUAGUAAUAUUUUACCUAUUAUUGAUAUGUAAUGGUACCAAUGCAUCUGCAUCAUUUAUUAUUUACAACACUUGUCAUAUUUUAAGUCUUGUUAUAGUAAUCUGUCAUAAAAGAAAUUGCUUUUAUAAUAAUAUAGCAAGCUAUGGAUUUCAUUUGUUUACUAAUUAUUCAUAUAAAUAGUUAGAUAAAUAAAUGUGUUCAAAUUGGUACCUUAUUCCUUGUCUUUUAAGUUCGAUAGUGUAUAGAUAUUUAUGCAUGUUCUGAGUAUUCAAAGUAAGUAAUUUGAGUGUUUCCUGUAUCCUAGAUUAUGUAGUUAGCAAUAGAAGAGUGGUCAUGACUUCAAGAUGACAGUGUACACCAAUAACAAAGUACACUGUGUACUUCAAUUUAACAUCAUAAAAUACUGUGAUAAUUAUUUAAUUAUAUUAAUUUAAUGAAAGAACUGCAAACAUAUUAAAUUAAAAUAUAAGCUCUA